UUCCUUCCCUCCCCACUUCUUCUCCUUCUCCCCUCCCCAAAGUUUCCUUCCUUCCUUCCCUUCCCUUCCUUCUUUGCUAAGCAAAAUAAAAUAAUAAAAAAAUCUCACUUCUCUUCUUUCUCUCCAUUUCAACAAAAAUCCUUAGCCAUGCAAGAAACUGAGCUUCACGAUUUAUCCGACGAUGCUGAUUACGCUGCUUCAAUUCAACAAGGAUCAGCGAGCGUGAUGAUGACGAGGAGUGAUAGUAGUAGUAAGAGAAGCACUAGUAGCGAGCCUGAAGGUGCUGAAGUUGUUUAUUUGAAAGAUAAUGUUACGAUUCAUCCUACUCAGUUUGCUUCUGAGAGAAUUAGUGGUCGAUUAAAGCUUAUUAAGCAAGCCUCUUCUCUUUUUAUGACAUGGAUUCCGUACAAAGGCCAAACCUCAAACGCUAGGUUAUCCGAGAGAGAUAUGAAUCUUUACACCAUAAGAGCUGUGCCUUUUACUGAUGUGCGUUCCAUUCGUCGACACACUCCAACUCUUGGUUGGCAGUAUAUAAUUGUUGUUUUAUCAUCAGGACUUGCAUUUCCUCCUCUUUAUUUCUACAAUGGAGGAGUCAAAGAGUUCCUUGCUACAAUGAAGCAACAUGUUUUUAUUGUGAGGUCACUGGAAGAUGCAAAUGUAUUUCUUGUCAAUGAUUUUCAAAAUCCUCUGCAGAGAACUUUGUCCUCUUUGGAGUUGCCUAGGGCUGUUCCUAUGGCAAGUGCAGCUUCUGCAUGUCCUUCAGCUAGUGAAUCUCCAUCUUAUGAGAACCAAGAGAGGGCUGAUGGGAAUAUCCACCGUGGAAGUUCCAGUAUUCCUCAACAUGAUGGCAGGCAGAGGCAUAAGGGUAAUGAUCCUGCUCGAGAUCUCUCAAUCCAAGUGUUGGAAAAAUUCUCUCUUGUAACAAAAUUUGCCCGAGAAACAACUUCGCAACUUUUCCGGGAAAAUCACAGUAAUGGGUUUGAUGCUAUUGAGAGGAAAAGCUACAACCAAUCUUCUCUUGAUAGUUGUCCCCACAAGACACCACCGAAGGAUACAGAGGAAGUUUCUAUUCAAAGUGCUGUACCCUCAGAUCCGCUAGAGAAAUACAUAUGUAGAAAACACGAACAUGGUGAAGAAGCUGCCACCAAUGUGGGACGUUUUGAGCUAAUCAAUUUUAAGGAGUUUGACAAACUCACGCUUGUGUGGGGGAAACCACGGCAGCCACCUUUGGGUUUUGAAGAGUGGGCCACAUUCUUGGAUUCUGAAGGACGAGUUACGGAUUCAAAAGCUUUAAGAAAGAGAAUAUUCUAUGGAGGAGUUGAGCACACAUUAAGGAAAGAGGUCUGGGCGUUUCUGUUGGGAUAUCAUGCAUAUGAUUCGACAUCUGCAGAAAGGGAAUGCCUUCAGUACACUAAAAAGUUGGAAUAUGAAACUGUAAAGAAACAAUGGCAGAGCAUCUCUCCAGAACAAGCAAAGAGAUUUACAAAGUUUAGGGAAAGGAAAGGCCUUAUAGACAAAGAUGUGGUGAGGACUGAUAGAUCACUUUCAUUCUACGACGGGGAUGACAAUCCAAAUGUGAAUAUUUUACGUGAUAUUCUAUUGACAUACUCCUUUUAUAACUUUGAUCUUGGCUAUUGUCAGGGAAUGAGUGAUUUACUGUCUCCCAUUUUGUUUGUGAUGGAGGAUGAAUCAAAAUCAUUUUGGUGUUUUGUCGCACUGAUGGAACGUCUUGGACCCAACUUCAAUCGUGAUCAAAGUGGCAUGCAUUCCCAACUUUUUGCAUUAUCUAAGCUGGUGGAGUUGCUAGACGGUCCAUUGCACAACUAUUUCAAGCAGAAUGAUUGCUUGAAUUACUUCUUUUGUUUCCGCUGGAUUCUAAUACAAUUUAAAAGGGAAUUUGAAUAUGAAAAAACAAUGAGGCUAUGGGAGGUGUUAUGGACCCAUUAUUUGUCUGAGCACCUGCACCUGUUUGCCUGUGUUUCAAUCUUGAAGCGGUAUCGGAACAAGAUAAUGGGGGAACAAAUGGACUUCGACACGCUUUUAAAAUUCAUCAAUGAGCUGAGCGGACAUAUUGAUCUUGACGCAAUUCUCAGGGAUGCAGAGGCGUUGUGUAUAUGUGCUGGCGAAAAUGGUGCUGCUUGUAUUCCGCCUGGAACUCCGCCUUCAUUGCCCCUCGAAAAUGAAAAUGGUUUGUUGUAUGCUCAACAGGAUGAAGUAUUGUAAAUGAAACUGCUUUUAAACUCUAUUCAUUGUCUAUACUUUGUAAUCUUUGUACGGAUACAUACACAAACGCUGUAUAACCUCUGAUUUUUCAAGGUUAUUUUAGUAAUCAUAUUUACCGAUCGACUCUA